AUGUCGGAUGCUUACCCAGAAUAUAUAGAAGAAUUUAGUAUAGAGAUAUCUGAUUUCAAUCCAAUUGGCCCUACUGCCCAUAUACCAUUACCUGAAACUUUGCCAAAACGUAAUAACAGAAUUAUAAAUAUUCAAAAUGAUGAUGACUGGUGUUUUGGCUGGAGUGUCCUAGGAGCUUUGCAUCCAGUUAAAGUUCAUCCAGAAAGAAAUCUGCAUCGGCUAUAUGGAGGUUUUGUAGAGGAACUUAACAUGAACGACAUUCCAGUUCCGGUACCUGUCUCAACACCAGUUUAUGAGAAAUUCGAAGAAAAUAAUCUAGAGAUUAGUCUAUGUGUCUAUGAGUGGCAUAACCAAAAUGAAUGUCUUGAGUUUCGCUAUGUUUCAGAGAGAAGAGAGGAAGAAUAUAAGCAAGUAAAUCUUCUAGUAAUUACGGAAGAGGAAAGAAGUCAUUACUGCAUAAUCAAAGAUUUACAUAAGCUAGUAUAUAACCAUAGCAAACAUAAAGGGCGAAAAUAUCUCUGCCGAUAUUGUCUUCAUGUAUAUUCUGCAGAGAAAGGAUUAAAGAAGCAUAUACCAAAAUGCAAAGGUCUAAAUAAUGCUCCUCAGCAACCUCAAAUGCCAGUAAAAAAUAGGAGCGUCAAAGCUUUCUAUAAUCAUAAAUGCAUACAACCAAACCCAUAUCGUAUUUUCUGGGAUCUUGAAAUGUUGACCGAAAAACUAACUCCAGAAGAGAAAACGAAGUUAACCCACACAGAAAAAUUACAGAUGCACAAGCCGUGUGGCUAUUGUUAUGUAGUUGUUCAUAUGGAUAGUUCACUUAACUAUGAGAUUAUAAGUCAUGAUCUAUACAAAGGCCCAGAUGCGCUUGAAAGAUUCGUUAUAAAAAUCGAGGAGGAGCUGGCAAAUAUACAGGAGGAUUUAUCAGCGCCUGCAGAAAUGAUCAUGGCACCAGUUGUGAGCAAGUUUAUGGCUGAUAGGCUAAAUUGUAUCCCUGAAAAUAUCGGCAAAUAUAAAGCAAUGGACGUAGGACAGCUCCGAUUUCUUGAUAGUUUUCAGCAUAUGGCAAUGGGUUUAGAUAAGUUAGUAGCAUGUCUAGGAGAAACCCCAAAAAAGUUCCCCCUAACUGUUAAGCAUUUCACAGAGAAAGGCUACUCAAUGGAUAAGAUCAAGCUUCUUUUUCGAAAAGGAGUAUUCCCAUAUAACUGGACAAAUGCAUGGGAAAAAUUCGACAGAACAAGCCUCCCGCCUAGAAAGGAUUUCUAUUCGCUUCUCAGCAAGGUAGGUCCAGAAGAGGUACCAGAUAUUCAAACUAUUGCACCUGAUGCAGAAAUAGGCUAUAUGCCUGAA